UUAUACUUAGUGUCAUAGUAAAACAUCCAAACAAAAACAUUGAAAAUGAAGAAGACGGUGUUACUGAGAAUUGUUUGUUUUAUAAAAUCUGAAAAAUAUAAACAGACAAAUGAGAAAUGGAAGGCUGGGUGUUGCUACUUUUCGGGGCUUUAUUUUUUCCGGCUGUUUAUACAGUCUUAAGUCGUUUUCUUGAUGUUAAAUACUCCAAAUUUUUAAAUCUCGCUGAUCGAUAUUUAAUCACGGAAAAAUGUGUGAGCAGUGUUCAAGCUAUAUUGGCCACAUUUGCUGGAUAUCUUAUUACACAGAGAUGCAAUCAAAAUAUCAUGGCAGAUAUUUCGCCUAUAACAAAGUCAUAUGCUUGCUUUGGGCUGCCAUAUUUUCUUUAUGAUAUCUGGGCAAUCUACAACACUCACUAUUACAUCAAUGAAGAGGUUUUACAAAGCAAAAGUCGGCAUUCCAGGAGGAUACAUUUUAUUAGGAAGAAUAUUGCUAUGCUUGUUCACCAUAUAGUGCUUCCAUUUAUAUUCUUUCCAAUAAUAAUGUUUUUGCGCAAUGAUAAGGGAGACUACUUUGUGGGCCUGUUUUACAUGUGUGAGGCAGCUGUACCAUUUAUCUCCCUUCGAUUUGUGCUUGCUCAACUUAAUCAAAAACACACUGCGGCCUACAUCUUUACUGGGGUUAUGAUGAUAGUGGUGUUUUUCAUUGUACGUGUUUGCAUAUUCCCAUUCCUGUACUGGAAAUACAGUGAUUUCUCUGGAAUUCCAUUGAGUAGCGUGCCAUUCCAUAUACCAUUGAAAUGCAACGCUGGCUGCCUCGUUUUUUUGGUUGUUCAGGUAUAUUUCCUCUACAUCAUGGUACAUGGAGCUGUCAAAUUCUUCUACAAGAUCUUUGUGCUUAAAAGCAAAGGCAGAUGAAUCAAAUUGUAGAUUUUUGUUAGUUGUUUCUUAAAAAUUAAAUAUAAAUUUUGAGUAAUACACAAUUAAGCAUAUUCUUUUUUUAAUUGUACAUAUUGAUUUUCUUGCUUAUAUAAUAUAUAAACACAAGGAAUGUAGUUAAGUUUUCACUGUUAACGUUUUGAAAAUUUUUAAAAGACUUAAACAUUUUUUUGCUUCAUACAUUUGUACAUAGUGGUACAAAAUAUUUAAUAUACUGCAUACUACAUUUUGCAUGAUAAACUUAAUGUUAGACUCUGCCCACCAGUUAAUGAUCUAUUAAAAACAUAAUUAAAAGGUCAAAUCUUAGAACACUUUUUGUAAUAUUCAUGAUGCAAAGUUAUAUGUUUCAAACAAAAAUGGUCAAAAUAGAUAACAUAAUAAUUACCCUGCUGUUUGUCUUAUUAUUCCAAAGUUUAACAUAGUAUGUAACAAUUCAUAUUGUAUAUUUGUCUUCAUUGUUCCAAUACCUUAUUGAUUUGCCUACAGCCUAUAGAUUUUUAUGCCAAGUAUUAUCGCAAAUGUAUUGAUUUGAAUGAGUAUGAAAUUUACUUAAACUUUUAAAAGUGAUAUCCAAUCAAUCAAACUUUUAGUUCCAGGUCACCUGCUGAUAUAUGUUGUUUCCUAUACAUUUCAAUCAAUUGUUAAUAACUUUUUUUAUAAGUUUAUAUGUUCAUUUUUUUCAUUAGUAUAAAACUGUGUUGUUAGUGAAAUAAACUUUUAAGCGUUGAUUGCACAUAUUUGACAUGUUGUUUUUCUGUCAAAAUAACUUAGUUGUAUUUUGUUUCUUUACAUUUAGUAAUUAUUAUGCUUUGUUCAUAUUUCUAAUUUAGUAGAUAUAAUGCAAAAAAGCAUACACCAUUUGAAAAUCUGUUUCUUUCUCUCGUUAAGAUAAAAAACUAUAUACUUAAAACUCUUAACAUAAACCUCUAUACUUAAAACUAUACUUAAAAGUUAAAACUUUACUUAAAACUCUAUACUAAAAGCUCUAUACUUAAAACUCUAUACAUAAAACUCUAUACUUAAACUCUAUACUUAAAACUAUAUACUUAAAACUUUAUACGUUAAACUCUACACUUAAAACUUUAUACUUAAAACUCGUUACUUAAACUCAACUUAUAUUCAAAAUACAAGACGACACUUUAUGGAUUUUUCGUUGAAAUAAAGUUUUUUUACAAAGGACAAUAUAGUUUAGGCGGAAAGAGUCAUCCCUGAUUGGCCUGUAUAUUAUUUUGCUCAGGCUAAUCUGGCACGACGCUUGUAUAAAGACACUUUUCCAGAGUGCGAUUCAAAUGAGAAAUUAAUAACUGGAAUUGCAAAACAAAACAAGUAAAUUAAGAUUUUUCUUGUUUUUAACAAUUAAGUCUGUAUGAGCAAUGAAUAAACCAAAAAAUGUCGUUUUAUUUGUUUUUUAACCAGGUUUUCCGAAGGAAAAAACUGGUUAUUAGAUUGGCGAAUGCGGGCGGGCUGGCUGGCUGGCUGGCUGGCGGGCUGGCUGGCGGGCUGGCGGAACAAGCUUGUCCGGGCCAUAACUAUGUCGUUCAUUGUCAGAUUUUAAAAUCAUUUGGCACAUUUGUUCACCAUCAUUGGACAGUGUGUCGCGCGAAAUAAUUACGUCUAUAUCUCCAAGGUCAAGGUCACACUUUGAGUUCAAAGGUAAAAAAUGGCCAUAAAUGAGCUUGUCCGAGCCAUAACUAUGUCGUUCAUUGUCAGAUUUUAAAAUCAUUUGGCACAUUUGUUCACCAUCAUUGGACGGUGUGUCGCGCGAAAUAAUUACGUCGAUAUCUCCAAGGUCAAGGUCACACUUUGAGUUCAAAGGUAAAAAAUAGCCAUAAAUGAGCUUGUCUGGGCUAUAACUAUGUCAUUCAUUAUGAUAUUUUAAAAUCAUUUGGCACAUUUGUUCACCAUCAUGGGACGGUGUGUUGCACAAAAGAAUCACGUCAAUAUCUCCAAUGUCAAGGUCGCCACGACUAAAAAUAGAUUUAUUUUAAAACAAACUUACAAAGGGUGUUAAUUUUGUUUGUUCAUUUAAAAAGUUCAGUUUGAGUUGUCUCCCUUUAUCAGAUUUUUUUUCACAAUGAAAACCUGGUUUUGUGACAAUUUUGUCCCUUGUCUUUGAAUUGUUCCAUUGUUUCAAUUCGUGUACUUAGUUCCGCUACUAUCGGUAUUGCAUUGACUUGUCCCGAUUAAUUGAUAUGCGAGUGUUUACGAAUAAGUCAAAUUUUGAAAUUUUGUUUGUCUUUUUGUGCCUUUUAAUUGUCCUCCUGCAUUCUGUGAUAAUGGUUUUAGAAAUAAUAAUAUUGUACAUUUAUAUGUUAGAAAUGCACAAUAUACCACAUCGUUUUUUGAUGAAUCGUAAAAAAUUUCAUACGUACAUGUUUUUGUCUUUGUUUAUAUUGCCUCAUACAUGUGUAUGUCUACAUAUUAGGUGCAGGAUCAAGUAACUUUGUGGGGUUUACUAUUAAACGUUAAUGGAUGUAAACACACCGGUAAGUGCAGCCUUUUUCAAAUAACUUUUUUAAACAUUUUUUCUUAAAAAUUUUAAGUAGUGCAUAACAGAUUUGUAUGCUGCUUAUGGCAAUGUGAAAUACAUUAGAAUUGCUAUAUUUAAUAAGCCUGUGUUCUUAGCCAAAAUUUUCAUCUUUACCGCAUGUAUGUAGAUGGUUAGGAUGCACGCAACGUCAAUUUUUGGCACCGAUUUCAGACGUAUUCAAUGAUGUAUUAUUAAAUUGUCAUAAAUCAGCACAAACUGCAAGAAAAAAACUUUAUUUUAUGCACUUAAGAUUUUCGCAAACGUGUUCCUAUAACUUGGGAUAUUGGCAAAGUGAAGUUUUGAACGGUAUGUUAGCAUUCUGUCCAGCCCAUGUUGAAACUACUGUAAACCCAGAGGAUCCUGUACCCUGUCUAUUGUUUGCACCAUUUCCAAUAUCGUUAGUCGCGAAUGUAUAACAUCUUGUAGUUCUUUACAUAUUUUAUGAUUUGUUCAAAAGUAAUUGUGUUAACAAUUGAUAAGAAUCACUGUUUCUGUAUAUAAUGGUCACAUUUGGUGCACUAUUAAAUACCUCACUAAUGUUUCAACCUUACAAUAAAGGUUGUAAAGUCAGUUGUGUGAACGCCUGUUUUGUAUUAAUUAGUGCUUUUUAGCUCGACUAUUAUAUAUGAUUUUUUCCCCUUUUUUAUUUUUGAAAGAUCAUCCAAUAAAUGACCACACCCCACAUUAUACCCAAUCUCAACCCCCUACCCCCCCCCCCCAAAAAAAAUAAAAAUAAAUAAUAAAUUAUUUUUCCUUUAUUUUUAUUUUUAAAGAUCGUCUAAUAAAUGACCACACCCACAUUAAACCCCCCUCUCACCCCCACCCAACACAAAAAGAAUAUUUUUUUCUUUGAAACAUGGUUAAAAAACAACAAAUAUUUAUUUACUUUAUUUUUGAAGGACCGUCCAAACUUCCCACCCAAGCUAUUGCUAUCAAACUUUAAAUAAAAUCUUAUUAGUUUGUUUUAUGUCUUUACAAAUGUUCAAUAGAUUGUGGAAAAUAUACAUGAACUGUAACCUUGACUGUUACCUUGACCUUAUUGAAUAAAUUGAACAUAAAUUGAACAAUUACCGCA